CCUCUUAAAUCUUAAUAACAAUAAUCAAAACCUUAAUGACUUUUUUGGUUAUAAAUACCGCACUCCCCUACUCAUAAUUAGUAACUAGGUAGAAAUAUGGGUUCCUAUGCAGAACCUAAGAUCCCCAUCUUUAAAUUCAACGAAGCGAGCUUGACUCCUGGGUCGAGCUCGUGGAAAUUAACGUCGGAUUCAGUCCGACGUGCCUUGGAAACUUACGGGUGUCUGGUCGUGUCGAAUGAAAAGACACGACCAGAGCACCCACAUGAGAGCUUGUUUAGUGUGUUGGCUGAGGUGUUUGAUCUUCCCGAUGAGACUAAAAAGAAAUACACUUCUCAACUUGGAGGAUUUGGAUAUGGUGGGAGGUAUCCAAGGAUGCCUCAUUUAGAGUAUUUUGGCAUCGAAGAUGAAGGAGAUUUUGAAGGUGUCAAAAACUUCACCACCCUCAUGUGGCCUCACGGGAAUGAUAAAUUCUGCGAAACUAUAUGUUCACACAGUAAAACAUUAGUGGUGCAAGUGAACGAGACGAUCAUGAAAAUGGUGACGAGCAGCUACGGCUUGGAAAAAUACAACGAUUGGUUAAGUGAGUCGUCGUUUUAUAUGAUACGACUCAUUAAAUACAACUCGCCCAACUCGUCCGAGUCGAGCACGGGCCUUCGAGCUCACAAAGAUAAGGGUUUCGUGAGCGUGCUUUGCUCCAACGAAAUCGAGGGUUUGCAGCUCCAAAACCGCGAUGGCGAGUGGAUGGAUUUUCAGCAGUCGCCUUCCAAAUUUAUUGUCUUAGCAGGCGAAGCACUCACGGCAUGGAGCAAUGGGAGAAUACAUAGUCCGACACAUAGGGUUAUUACAAGGGGAUUUAAGGAAAGAUAUUGUUUGGGAGUGUUCGGGUUCGUUGGUGGCAUGGUGCAAGUGCCACAAGAGCUGGUUGAUGACCAAAAUCCAUUGAAGUUUAAACCCUUCGACAACAUAGAUUUCAUACAAUAUUGCAAGGAUGGGGGCUCCACCAUUGACCAUGCUAUCCAAUCAUAUUGUGGGAUUUAAAUAUUUGCUUCUUUACGACUCUACUCAUCUCCCUCUGCAAAUUUAUGUUUUCUAUAUUUGUUGUGUGUUUGCUGAUAUCAUGCUAAGCUUUGUAAACGAGUGUGUUUGUCUGAGGGGAGUGUUGUGAUUUAUCAUUCGUAUGAAAAUAAUGUGUACGAUAUAUAUAUGUUCUUAUUUGUUGUCA